CGCGUGCGAUUUUUUAGUGUAGCGGAGUCAAAAGUACAUUUUAUUUCUCUAGAUUGAAAAGGAUAAUGAACGGAACAAUGGCCAUGGCACCAACUUCACAAAAUAAUAUGGAACCACCAAGCAAGAAGUCUAGAGUUGAAGAUGUUACAGCGGAGAGACAGUACAGAAUCUGUGGCCUACGACUGAGCUGUGAUCAUGAGCGUGCGCCAAACAAAGAAAGAGAACGCUACAUUCGUUGAACAGAACAGAUCAGAGUUUUGCAAACUCCCACUCACACAGCAUCAAUCGAGUACCAUAUGAUGCAUACUUUAGAUAGAUAUGUGCAUCGCCUCAAUCUCGGAUAAUUUGCGCGCAACCGUCAUUGCUCAGCCCAGAAUACGAGACUAGCAGACCAAAUUGGUUAUGAUCGUAUAAAACGAAAGUAUCUAAUGGAACGCAACAGACUUCUUGCCAGGCCCUAUAUAUGACCUUAAUCAAAUAGGUCAAGUUGUAGCCGGUCCUGGUGCAAAGUACCUUACAUUACCUGGCAUCUUAGGUGCAGGACUACCGAAAAUUACAUCUGAACAGCAAGAUACAGUGAAUAGAGCGAAGAAAUAUGCUAUGGAACAAAGCAUCAAGAUGGUUCUCAUGAAACAAACAUUAGCUCAUCAACAGCAGCAAAUGGCUAGUCAACGGAAUCAGGUGCAGAGACAGCAGGCUCUCGCCCUCAUGUGCAGGGUGUAUGUAGGCAGUAUCAGCUUCGAAUUGAAAGAGGACACAAUCAGACAAGCAUUUUUACCCUUUGGACCAAUCAAGUCUAUCAACAUGUCUUGGGAUCCUGUUACGCAGAAACAUAAAGGAUUUGCAUUCGUCGAAUAUGAGAUACCUGAAGCUGCACAACUUGCUUUAGAACAAAUGAAUGGUGUCAUGAUUGGUGGACGCAACAUCAAGGUAGUGGGAAGACCAUCCAAUAUGCCUCAAGCUCAAUCAGUAAUUGAUGAAAUUACAGAAGAAAGCAAACAUUACAAUCGUAUUUAUAUUGCAUCUAUACAUCAUGAUUUGACGGAAGAUGAUAUAAAAUCUGUCUUCGAAGCUUUUGGACCUAUCACAUAUUGUAAAUUAGCACAAGGAAGUUCACCACAUAGGCAUAAAGGCUAUGGCUUUAUUGAAUAUGAAACAAUGCAAGCAGCUUUAGAAGCAAUAGCAUCUAUGAAUUUGUUUGACUUGGGUGGACAGUAUCUAAGGGUUGGUAGAGCUAUUACUCCACCGAAUGCUUUGAUGGGACCACCAAGUGGAACUAGUAUGAUGCCAACAGCUGCCGCAGUAGCUGCUGCUGCAGCUACAGCAAAAAUACAAGCUAUGGAUGCAGUAGCUAGCAAUGCUGUAGCACUUGGAUUAACCAAACUUGGAGCAACUGCACCACCAAUCUUGAAUCAAGCUUUACCAGGAAUAGUACGACCAACGAUUGCACCCGCAACAAUAAUGGCACCACCAACUGUCGCAACUGUUGCACCAGUUAUACCGCCUCCGGGUAUUGCCAUACCACAGACCUUAACACGCCCACCUGCAAUUAUACAACCAAUUCCUGGACAACCAGUUAUUAUACCACCUCGAGCUGUUGUUGCUCCCGCCAUUGUAGGAACUCCAGUCAUACCAGUAGUUACAACAACAGCAAAUUCUGAUAUUAUGAGACGAGCGCAAGAACAAGCUGCACAUCAGAAACAACAAGAAGAAUUACAAAAAAAAUUAUUAGAAGAAACGGAACCACAAACAUUGCAACAGCAAGAAAAUAUGUCUAUUAAAGGACAGAGUGCUCGACAUCUCGUCAUGCAAAAACUUAUGCGUAAAGUAGAGUCUCGUGUUGUCAUUCUACGAAAUAUGGUAGCUCCUGAAGAUAUCGAUGAGAGUCUAAAAGAAGAAAUUCAAGACGAAUGCUCUAAAUUUGGUGUUGUUGAACGUGUCAUUAUUUAUAAUGAGCGACAAUCUGAAGAUGACGAAGAUGCUGAAGUUAUUGUGAAAAUUUUUGUCGAAUUUUCACAAAUGAGCGAAGCCGAACGAGCAAGAGAUUCUUUAAACGGUCGUUAUUUUGGUGGUAGAUUGGUGAAAGGAGAGUUAUAUGAUCAAGCUUUAUUUGAUAAUAGUGAUUUUUCUGGUUGAUGAGUGCACCCUCCAUUAUACAUUUAUAUAUUAAAUUUCAUCAAUUUCUACCACAUGGAAGAAUUUGUAUUUGAUGUUGACUGAUAGUUUGUAUUUGAACAAACUUCGGGAUAUUAUUUAUUACAAGCUCUCACAAUUAUCAAUUGAGUGUCGCAUUGAUAUUCAAAGCAGAUACAAUUGAUUUGUCAUUUUAAUAUCUUGAGAAGUAAGGUUCAUUUCAUGAGUUCACAAUACCUGAUAAUAUAAGUAAUAGUAUACUAAAAACAUUGGAGUUCAUUAUUGAGAGUAAAGUUUCCUUGUUAAAGAGACUAAUUAAACUACGGUUUAAUAUAAACUUAUAGAACAUAAAUAGAUUUCUGUAAUAAUCAGACAAAAUCCAUGAUUUUUUUUUUUAUUAUUUCAUUUUACUUAAAAUUAAAAUUAAAAUCUAUUGCAAUAGUAUUAUGCAAAAAUAAAAAUUGUGUUAACUUGACGAACACUGAACAAAAAUACAUUCAUAAGCACUUGAAUUUUGUAGUUGUAAAGUACAAGUUAUCGUAGUAUCAGAAUUUUUCUAUUCGAGUUGAUUUAUUUACGAAAAUAUUCUGGAAAAGAUCAAAGCGUAUUUCUUUUUAUAUAACAUCAACUAUUUGUAAAUUGAACGUCUUGCAGGUGUAGCGCCAAAAUUUAUGAUCUUUUUUUUUUCGUCCUAAAAUGACUGACUUAUAGAUGAAGAAAAUAUAUGUAAAUAGAUGAUA